UCCUACUGGGAAGAUCCAGUUUUCUGAGUGCAUGUUCUGGAAGCUGGGCAAUAGGGGCAGUACAGGAUUCCUUUUGGUGUACCGACCUCCCCGCUGCACCAAGGAUUCCCUGUCUGAGCUGCUUCAGGUCGUGGCGGAUUUUCUCCUGGAGACACCUAGUUUGGUUGUCCUAGGGGAUUUUAACAUCCAUGCCGACACGACCUUACAAGGGGCUGCUCGGGACUUCGUGGAAAGCAUGGCCUCCAUGGGGCUGUCCCUGAAUAAGUUUGGCCCAACCCAUAGUCAUGGACAUGCCUUAGACCUGGUGUUCACCUCUAGUGACGUGGGUGAUCUGACACUAAGUAAAAGUGAAACAAAAGAAGUGCCAUGGUCAGAUCACUUCCUGGUGCAACUGGACUUCUCCGCGACCCUUCCCCUCUGCAGGGAGGUGGGACCAAUUCGGAUGGUCCGCCCCCGCCACUUAAUGGAUCCAGAUGGUUUCCAGAGAGUGGUAGGGGAUGCUUUAUCCCAUGUUGAUGGCCUUUCAGCUGAUUCCCUGGUGGCCCGCUGGAAUGCGGAGUUAACCAGGGCUAUCGACUGUCUGGCUCCGAAGCGCCCUCUCCGAUUGCAUGGAGCCCAGACAGCCCCGUGGUUUUCUUCGGAGCUGAGGGCGAUGAAACAAUCGCUGAGACGGCUAGAGCGUCGGUGGCAAAAAACUCACUCCGUUCGA